AUAAAUCCAGGCACGCUACCGAGACCCAACAGUUGGUGAAGUCGAUGGAACGCAAGAAGGCGCUGCGGCAGGCGCUCGCCAACUUCACCAUAACCGCGCUGUCGCAGCAGAUGAUGACCGACGUGAUGUUGCUGCGGUCGAGACCCGAGCACACCCGGGGGAAACUGGAGCCAGGUGAAGCGAAGCCGGGUGACAAGUUCGACUUCUGUUGCGACAUUUGCAGCGCCGGGUUCAAGUUUCGCAAGAGUCUGUCUAGACACAUGGUGCUGAAACAUAGAUACAUGUACACUUGCAAGUUGUGCAAGGAGGUGUUCACGACACGAGCACAAGCGAUCGAACAUAGCGACGAGGUUCACGCGAAGAAACAUCCAUGCGAGGAGUGUGGGAAGACAUUCAAGACCGCAAAAAAGUUAGAAGAGCACGCCAAGGCCAAGCACGUUAAAUAUAUCCCUUGCAACAUUUGCGGGUACGCAGCUAGGUCGGAGAAGAUAUACUACAUUCACCAGCUACGUGAACACGAAUAUAUCAGCAUAAACGACCCAUUAUUAGGCGACCCUAACCACAAAUGCAGCGAGUGUAACGUGCAGUUCACAGACCAACGCAGUCUAGAGCGUCACCUCGUCAACAUGAACCACGCCGGCGCUGACAUGGUCCCGUUCGCGUGCAUACCCUGCAAGAAACUGUACGAGAAUGAGGAAGAACUAGAGACGCAUUUCAUCAUAUGCAGAGACGCGAGGAAGUACCCGCGCAAGUGCUGCUACUGUUCAGAGAUGCUCCACAACGUGAUGCAUUACAAAACGCACUACAUGCAGGCGCACCCCACGCUGCAGUAUCGCUAUCUCACUCAGAACAGCAUCUGCUAUGUUUGCGGGAAAUCGAUUUUCAAGCCCCUCCUCGAGGCGCACCUCCGCACGCACUUGGGCGCCGGGCUGCAGUGCCGGCUAUGUGCAUCAACGCACUCGACGCCGGCGCAGCACCUCGCGCACGUGCUCGCGCAGCACGCGCGCCGCCCCUUCCGAUGCGCGCUCUGCACGCGCAGGUUCAAGUACCGGAGCGAUUGCAAGGACCACAUACUCAAGGUACACGCUCCAACGAAACUAUUCAAAUGCGAAUUCUGCGGCGUCGAAUUCUCCUAUUGGAAAAACUUGAAAGAGCACUCCGAGACCGUGCACAAUUUGGUCAUCCCCCCCAUCAAGACCAGAGUCGCCAAAUCCAAAGACAAAAUGUUCUUAUACGCUCACAUGAAGAUCAUAAUCAACGAGUUAGAAAGGGACAUAGUAGAGAAAGUCCAAAUCGAAGUAAUGGACUAUUUGGAGCAAAAAUCUAAACCUGUAGAAUACGAGAAUUAUUUCAUCUUCAGUCCGGACGCAGAAGAAUCUUUGUGCAAGAAGAAGAGGAAACGGGACAGAAGGAAAAAGGAGACAGAAUUGGAGUCUGCGGUCGCUCAGAUUAGCUAUCCCGAGAAUAGAAUCAGAAUUGAGAAGAUUGAAGUUAUAAAACCAGGCGUGGAGAAGAUUCAAGCUAUAAAACCAGCCGUGGAGAAGAUUGAAGUUGAUGAACCGAAUGUUGGUGAAAAUGUAGCGAGUGUUAAAGAGGAAGAAGAUACAGUGGAGAUGGAAAUAGAUGAUUCAGCGCCUCUAGAGGUUAUUGAGAAUGAGGGGCAUCAGUUUGUGAUGAUAAACGGGGAGAUGUAUAGGAUUGCGUGCGAGGAUGAAGAGUGA